AUGACCUGCAAUCGCAUUCAUGUCGCCAUCCUUGUGUGUGACACGCCAAUACAGCCUGUUCUCAGGAAGUAUGGCGACUACUUCACAAUAUUUCAAGACCUUUUGAGGCAGGCCUUCAAAGACUUGGAACUAUCCGAGGAGUUCAAAGAUAUCACGGUUGAAUUUAGUGAAUAUUCCAUGGUGGACAAUAACCAAUUUCUUGAUCUAGAGAAUGUCGAUGCCGUUCUUCUGACUGGAAGUAAACACGAUGCCUGGUCUGAUGAUCAAUGGAUCUGUGACCUCACAAGCAACAUUCGUGAGACUGUUUUGACACACAAGAAGCCCGUGAUUGGGAUUUGUUUCGGGCAUCAGAUUAUUGCUCGGGCGCUGGGAGCACAAGUUGGGAGAAAUGAAGCUGGAUGGGAGGUUUCUGUUGAGAAGCUCACUCUGACUGAGGCCGGGAAGAAACUGUUUGGAAGGGAUACACUGGCAAGUGAAAAAAAGAAAACACGCGAGCAAACCCGAUUGAACGGGAUUCUGAUUGAUUACAGAGUAUCCAGCAAAUGCACCGCGAUAUUGUCUUCGAUACCCCGGCCAUUUGCACGAACCUCGCUACAAGUCCAAAAUGUGAAGUUCAGGAUCAAAUACGCAACCUACGAUAUGUCAAACCAAAUUCGUACCAUCUGUCCUUCAACCCACGAGGUCAUUUUUGACCAGCCUGGCAUUUCACUCGAAGAAGCUAUCAAAGUUGCUGCUUCUUCAAAGCAAGCCUUUGAGUCCUACAGAACAAGCUCACUGGAGAAGCGAAAAAGCAUUGUGAAACGAGCAUUGGAUAUUAUUGAGCAGCGCCGCGAUGAUCUGGCCCGGGAACUGACCACGCAAAUGGGCCGACCGAUCCGGUACUGUGCAUCAGAGGUCAAUACGAUGCGUCUCCGCGCCGAGUACUUGAUGGAUAUUGCCGAAGAGAGCCUUUCCGAUCUUCCUGGUCGGCCAGAAGCUGGCUUCCGGCGAACUGUCAAGCGUGUCCCCGUGGGACCGGUGCUUAUUGUGGGUGCUUGGAAUUAUCCUUACCUGACUACUGUCAAUGCUCUUGUCCCGGCACUUAUUGCUGGUAACAGUGUUAUCCUUCGCCCUUCGCCGCAGACCCCGCUAUUUGGAAAUAGACUGCUCGAAGUCUUUAAUGAGGCAGGACUUCCACCACAGGUCCUUCAGGUCAUUCAUAUUGGAAACCUAGAUGUUUUGGAUCAGGUGGCACAGAUUCCCGAGAUUCAGUCUGUCUCGUUUACCGGAUCAACUGCUGGUGGGGUCAGACUCAGAGAGGCAACCGCUCAUCACAUCAAGCCCCUCAACCUCGAGCUUGGUGGAAAGGAUCCCGCAUAUGUUCGGCCAGAUGUCGACGUGAAGCACGUCGCAGAGCAACUCGUGGAUGGGGCCGUUUUCAACUCUGGACAGAGUUGCUGUUCCAUAGAGCGAGUAUACGUGCAUGAGAAUAUUUACGAGGACUUUGUUUGUGCUGUGCAAGAGGAGCUUAAAUCGUACAAACUUGGUGAUCCGCAUGAUCAAAGCACAACCACAGGCCCUGUUAUCUCAGCGCAGGCCGCGGAGAAGAUCACAGCUCACGUCAAUGAUGCGAUUGCUAAAGGAGCUAUCAACUCCACUCCCCAGAACCGAAGCUUUGAGGUGACUAGCAACCCUCAGAUUCAAAAAGGUAACUUUGUCUCACCAAUCGUUCUGACCAAUGUCAACCAUACUAUGGCUACGAUGAAGGAGGAGACUUUUGGUCCUGUGAUGCCAAUCAUGAAGGUCUCUAGCGACGACGAAGCUAUCAUAUUGAUGAAUGACAGUGACUAUGGUCUGACGGCGAGCGUCUGGACAAAGGAUAUCACCCGUGGGGAGGAGUUGAUUGAUCGCGUUGAAGCCGGUACGGUGUUCAUUAAUCGCUGUGACUAUCCAAGCCCGGACCUUGCCUGGACAGGCUGGAAGUCAUCAGGUUUGGGAUGUACCCUUGGCCCACGGGGAUACGAUGGAUUCGUGAAGCUGAAGAGCUACCACAUCAAGGACGGCUCCGCAUGA